AUGAGCGAGGAAGUACUAGCGUCCGAAGGAGUGGACUCCUCCUCCACGAGCAGUGGACUGCUGCUGUGGGGCACCCCAGAGGUCCGCAGGAGGACUUCAGACGGCGCUGAGCGUAGCCAGCGUACGUCAGGAUUUGUGCCAUCGGAGGACGGAGGAGGGUCCUCGGGCAGCCCUCAGAGGCUGCAACGGGAGUACCCCACGUUCAACUCAGAGGCCCAGAAGAGGACCUCAGACGGCGCUUGGCUUGCUGCUCGGCGCGCGUCAGGAUCCAGUAACGUGGGAGGACAUAGGGGAGUUCUGCAGCCCUACCACAGAGGCUGCAGCUGGAGGAGGAAGACGGUCACAUCAGAGGUCGGGAGGACCUCAGACAGCGCAACAAGUCGGCGCGUCAGGUUUGGUGACCAGAGGACGGAGGAACGCCCUCAGAGCAGCCCUCCUGCCAGAGGGAGAAGGAGGUGUCAGAUCUGCAAAAGGAAGCACCACUCACUGCUUCAUUCUAAUGGGAAAUUUAUUUCAGAGGCCAGUGAGGAUAAGGAGCAAAGGUCUUCAGCAGUAGUCAGUUGUACGCUUACUGAAGAAGCAGGAGGUGCAGAAGGAAAUAUUACUUCGUGUUUUUCGGCGGAUAAAACGGGAAAACAGGUACUAUUAGCUACAGCUGUGGUAAAUAUUGAAGCUAAUAACGGAACACGGAGAACGGUACGCGCUUUGCUCGAUCAAGGAUCGCAGGCGUCAUUUGUGACCGAAGCGACGAUACAAGGUUUGGGUUUAAAGAAGACAAAGACGAAAAACGUUGUAUCUGGUCUGGGAGGAGAUAAAAAGGUCAUCAUCAACUCGACGGUUAACAUCAACUUGCAGUCACGGGUCAAUCCUGAAAUCAAGUUCAAGGUCAAGGCGUACGUGUUAAGAAAGAUCACAGCUUUUCUUCCAGCGAAAAAGGUUGGUGACCUGGAAGGUUUGGAUUUAACGGGACUUACCUUGGCUGACCCUGAGUACCACACGCCCAACAAAGUGGAUAUUUUGUUAGGUGCAGAUGUGUAUGGGCAGAUUCUGCAAGAAGGAUUAAGGAAGGGUAUCCAGGGUGGAGUGAUUGCACAAUCUACAGCUUUAGGCUGGAUCAUUUCGGGCACGGUUAUGGAUUCACAGCAGCAGCCAAAGAGUAUGAUAGUAAUGCAUUCACUGAUUGAUGAAAAUGAUCUCCUUAAGAAGUUCUGGGAACUGGAAGCGGAACCUGAAAUAAAAAGAGAAAAAAUGUUUACAGAGGAAGAAAAAAGAUGUGAGGAGAUAUUCACAAAGACAACUUCAAGAGACGAGGAAGGGAGAUAUGUAGUUCGACUUCCCUUGAAGAAUGAUCCUCCUUGUGUAGACAACUCCAGGGAGAUAUCUGAAAGGAGAUUUCUUUCGUUGGAACGGAAAUUUAUGAAGAAUGAAGCCUUGAGAGAGAAGUACUCUGAAGUGAUGCAAGAAUACAUAGAUCUGAAUCACAUGGAACUUGUACCUGAUGAUCAAGUUGACAAUCCAUUGGCGAUAUACUUACCCCAUCAUGCAGUCAUACGAGAAGACAGGGAAACGACGAAGGUACGGGUAGUGUACGAUGCCUCCUGUAAAGGUAAGAAUAAUAUGUCUCUAAAUGAUAACCUGCUAGUGGGACCUACCUUACAGUCAGAGCUACGGCACUUGGUGAUGCGAUGGCGUACGUACCCCGUUUGUCUCACGUCUGACAUAGCCAAAAUGUAUCGGCAAGCGAAGAUCUCGGAAUCAGAUGUGGAUUAUCAACGGGUACUCUGGAGAGAUGACCCUGAAACUGAGAUAAAGCACUAUAGAAUGCUAAGAGUGACGUUUGGAACUGCAUCUGCGCCAUACUUGGCUGUCAAGACAUUGCAACAAGUGGCUAUUGAUGAGGGUGGGAGUUAUCCUAUGGCAGCGGAGAGAGUCUUAAGAGAUUUUUACAUGGAUGACCUAUUGACGGGAUGUCAAACUAGAGAAGAAGGAUUCCAGAUAUUUAAGGAAAUGAAUGAAUUACUAGAAAAAGGAGGAUUCGAGUUAAUGAAAUGGACGAGUAACUGUGACGAAUUAAUAGAAGAGAUGAAAAGAGAAACAGGGAUGAAAGAUGUUCAAGAGGGAUUGAAGAUUAAGUUAGAUGAAACAAUGAAGAUAGUUGGACUUACCUGGGACCGCAGUGAAGAUUCAUUCCGUUACGCUGUCAAACUCCCGACGCUGGAACAACCUGUAACUAAAAGGAAAAUGAUUAGUGAUAUUUCACGAUUUUAUGAUCCAUUGGGCUGGGAUGUCUCUGAUUGGGGCGAUGCCAACCUGGUCCAAUUUAACGCGUCAAAAACACAGGCGUGUCUGUUCUCCGCCAAACGAAGUCCAUUUCUUAUGGCUCCAACAUUCCGAGGUGUGCCUGUCAAAAUCACCGAGCGACUGCAACUCUUGGGCAUUGAAAUGUCCAGCAAGCUGAACUUUGGCGAGUACAUCGAAUCCAUAGCGAAAACUGCUGCCUAA